AUGCCGGUUACUGUCCCUAUUUUCAGUACUCAGGACACGCAACCUUCUAACAACAAGGAAACGCCUGCAGAGCGUCGAGAAAGAAAGACAUGGAGCCCAGCAGAGGACGUCUUACUCAUAAGCUCUUGGCUGAACACAAGCAAGGAUCCUCUGGUUGGCAACGAGCAAAGGUCAGGAGCUUUCUGGAAGAAGAUUGCCAAGUACUAUGCAGACACUCCAAAGCCCGCAGGAAGUGAACCACGUGAGGCAGGGAAGUGUAAGCAGCGGUGGCAUAAGAUAAAUGACCUCGUCUGCAAAUUCUGCGGAGCUUAUGAGUCAGCAUCAAGUGAUAAGGCGAGUGGGAUGAAUGAGAACAGCGUCAUAAAGAUGGCUCACCAAAUAUUCUUCAGUGAUCAGAAGAAGAAGUUCAACCUAGAACACGCCUGGAAGGAGUUGCAUAAUGACCAGAAAUGGUCAGAGCUUUCUUCAACAAAAGCUGAUGCAACCACGAAAAAGAGAAGGGCUGAGGAGGGAUCACAUUCCCCAAGUGUGAUAACAGAUGAGCUCAAGAGUGGCGAGGAUGGUCAGUCAAGCAGUAGCCCAGUUGGUGUGAAGGCUGCAAAAGCUAACGGCAAAAAGAAUAAGGAUAAGGUGAUCGCUCUGUCUGAGUUUUAA